GUUUUUGUGGGAGAUGGUAGUGAACAAACCUACCCACUACGAAGAACUUUUUCCAGGAAGUGUAGGUUGCUGUACUCUGUAUCCCCUGCACAGCAGGUGCUCGCACUGCAGUUCUCAUGCUACUUGCAAGCAGUGCUUUUGGAGGAGCCCCAGCAACGUGCACGGAGGAUGAACGAACCCUAUGGCCCUGAGGCACCCCGUCCCAUCAGCAGCACGUCUCCUGGCAUCAUGAAAAUGUUCAUGGUCUUCCUCACUGUAUUUAUUGUAGUGCAGACCAUUGGGACCGUGCUCUUCUGUUUGUAUCUCCACAUGAAGAUGGAUAAGAUGGAAGAGGUGUUGAACUUAAAUGAAGAUUACAUCUUCCUGAAGAAAGUACAGAAAUGUCAGACAGCAGAAGGUCAGAAGUCAACAUUAUUGGACUGUGAAAAGAUUAUAAAGGGCUUCCAGAACGUCCAGUACAAGGACAGACCCCUCAAAGAGCAGCCCAAGUUUGAAAUGCAGAGAGGUCCUGAGCAUCAUGAGCAUCCCCGUUUGACACAUAAGAAUGAGUCAUCUGUGGCAGCAGAGAAGAGGGAGCCAAUUGCAGUUCAUCUGGCAGGUCAGCAGAGCAGCAAGACAGGCUCAGUGCUGGAGUGGAAGGAGACCAUGUAUGGCCCCACAAGCAGUUUGAUAUCCAACAAGGAGGGAAAACUGAAGGUGGAGGAAGCAGGACUCUAUUACAUCUACUCCCAAGUCAGCUUCUGCACCAGAGAAGUGUCUUUGGCACCCUUCACCCUCUACAUUUAUUUGCAUAUCCCCAAGGAAGAGGACCGGCUCUUGCUGAAAGGACAAAAGACACAGAGCACCUUGAAGUCCCUCUGUGAACUCCAGUCCAUCCGUGUGGGAGGUGUCUUCAACCUCCGGGAAGGCGACAUGGUCUUUGUCAAUGUGACAGACUCCACAAAAGUGAAGUACAGCCACGGCAACACCUACUUUGGCAUCUUCAGGCUGUAGUGAGGAAAGGGCUGCCCUGAGCUGGGAAUCCAGCUCAACUUUCUUGAUCAAAGUUCCUUUCCCUUUCCCCCUUAUUUAUGUUCCUCUGCCUCUCUGUUUUUCUUGUUUCUUAAUUUGUAUAUUUUGUUAUUUAUUAAUGAGGGCCAAGGGGCCCUGAGAACACAAAUGGAACAAAGUUUGAAGCUGUUAUUA